UUGUUGUUGUUUCGAUGGUGAUCGAUUGAUUAUAAACAACACAUAUAAUGAUGAUCAACAACAAUAAUUGAAGCAAUCAUUACUUGAACGUAUCAAACAUCACCAAAGUUUAAUUAAAUUGACAAUCAUCAUAUCAUUCCCGAGUAAGAAAGAGUAAAAAAAAAUGAAUUGAAUUGUCUGUACUCAAGAUUAUUUUAAGAUUCUUUUUUUUUGGAAGAAAUAAUAAUAACCAAAAUCACAAAGCAAUUACGUGUAUUUUUUGGCCGAAUUUUAUUGGCAAACAAUACUCCAAUUACCAAUAAUAAUAAUCAUCAUCAUCAUUGUGAAUGGUAAUAAUUUUUCGGGGGGCGUUAAUUUUUAUAAUUGGAAACAAUUAUUAUUCGAAUCGAAUACAAUAACAAUUGUGGAAUUUAAAAAAAUUCGAAUUUAUCGUUUUUGAUUGAUAGAGUGACCCAUAUACAAUUAAUGUCUUCAAUAUCAAGACAGGCAUCAUUGCCCAACGAAACAAACGUAGCCAACACCAACAACAACAACAACAACAACAACGACAAUAUUGUUAUCGAAGCAACAUCAUCACCAAAUGCUCAAAAAAUGAAUGGAUUAACAUUAAGUGAAUUAUGUUGUCUAUUCUGUUGUCCACCAUGUCCAGCACGUAUUGCGGCUAAAUUAGCAUUUUUACCACCGGAACCAACAUAUACAAUCAUACCAGAUGAUAAUCAUUCAUCGAAAUUAACAUUAAAAUUUUCUGAACGUGCCGAUUGGCAAUAUACACAACGUGAAUUAGAAUGUUUCGAAGUUCAAUAUGCUCAAUCAAGCCGUGGUAAUCGUAUUGCAUGCAUGUAUGUACGAGCAACGGCUAAUCCUAAAUAUACGUUAUUGUUUAGCCAUGGUAAUGCGGUUGAUUUAGGACAAAUGAGCAGCUUUUAUCUUGGCCUUGGUACUCGUAUCAAUUGUAACAUAUUUUCAUAUGAUUAUUCUGGCUAUGGUGCCAGUACUGGAAAACCGUCCGAAAAAAAUCUUUAUGCUGAUAUUAAUGCCGCAUGGUUAACACUACGAAGUAAAUAUGGUGUUAGUCCGGAUAAGAUUAUUCUUUAUGGCCAAAGUAUAGGCACGGUACCUACUGUUGAUCUAGCUUCACGUUAUGAAUUAGGUGCCGUUAUUCUACAUUCACCAUUAAUGUCUGGUAUGAGAGUUGCAUUUCCUAAUACAAAACGUACAUGGUUUUUUGAUGCUUUUCCAAGUAUCGAUAAAGUUCCAAAAAUUAAUUCACCAGUACUAGUAAUACAUGGUACCGAAGAUGAAGUGAUUGAUUUUUCACAUGGUCUAGCUAUUUAUGAACGUUGUCCACAUGCAGUUGAACCAUUAUGGGUUGAAGGUGCUGGCCACAAUGAUAUCGAGCUAUAUUGUCAAUAUUUAGAGCGACUCAAAAAAUUCAUAUCGGUCGAUUUACCUGCCUCUGGAUCGACAGCAGCAUCUACAACAACGACUACGAAUCAAUCGUAAUAAAAAAAAAACAAAACAAUUCAACCAAAAUACUUUCAAAAGAAAGAAAAAUAUCAAAAUAAAACAAUCAACAAAUGAAAAAUUAUCAUUAUCACCAUGAAAACAAAGCGAUAAAUUAGGGCUUUCUUUCAAAUGAAAACUAAUUUCAAUUCAAAACCUUUAACACUUUUGCCUAUUUAAAAUUUUCGAGGUAAAUAAUGUUGGUCGUCGUGUACAUAAAUCACAUCAUAUGAAUAUUUACACCAACCACCACCACCACCACCACUACCAUAUAAAAAAAAACAAUUCAACAUAAUGCAUGCAUCAUCAUCAUGAU